AUGUCGCGUAUAUUUAGUGUUUUCAGUUCUUCUAAAUCUAGACUGUUCAAGUCUUUGGAUUCACGACAACUUGUCACAGUACAGGAAAUAAAGACAUUCCAAGAGCAAGGGGUCGUGUGCGUCAGGGGAGCAUUCAGAGAAUGGGUCGACAAGCUGAAGAAAGGCGUUGGUGCGAAUCAUGCGAACCCCAGUAAAGAUGGCGAAUGGCUGAAAAGCGAGGAUUCACAGACGUUCUACUUCAAUGAUUAUUUCAACUGGCGUCGGAUCCCAGAGUUUGAGGAAUUUGUACGUUCGUCACCAGCUGCAGAAAUUGCCGGCAAACUGAUGAUGUCUGAGGUUUGUUUCAUCCACUAAGAGAACAAAAGUAGAACACGUGGGUGGAAAAAAGUUAAGAGUUGGGGGACAUUUAGUUAUAAUCAGCCGUGUGUAUUUUCUUUUUUAAUCAAAGCCUGAUUAAUUUUCAUAUCCGUUUCAUCAGAAAUAGUGGAGACCAGAGGGAUAAAGCCAAACAGUAUACAGGAUGUCAAGGCAAAAAAAUUAAUGGGAAAUUAUUAAAGGAUGGAAGAACCCGUCCCCCCCCACCCCCUCCCGUUUGCAGUCUGCAGAUUAUCCCCUCCCUGUUUUUAUCUGAGGGAAGGGGGUAGAUUUACACAGAUUUCCUAUUGUAUACCUACAAACCAUCUUGUAUUUAUAAGUAAAAAAAAGUGCGUCAUAAACCUUCAGAUGGAAAACUUCUACCACACACAUACUGUACAAUUUUACACAGGUAACGCACAAUUACAAAAACAAAGGCAACUAAUAAGGUUAUCUCAUCAAGAUCUCACGAUACUAUUCGUCAAUAAUCUUGCAAAGGUCUAUGUGUGUGAUCGAUCUUGGCAAGAUGGUGCCAGGAUUUCGUGCUUCACAUUGCUACAUAUUUUGGCAACCCUAGGAAAUCAUUAUAGCAUCUUCGGGAAUCUUCGGUAAUGUUUGUAACUUUUUAUGACCUCUUUCAUUUUGCAUACAGAAUUAAGGAGUUUUUCAAACUAACAUCACCUAAUUAGAUUUUAUGGAAAAAAAAGUGUGGGUAAUGUAAACCGCUCAUUGUCAACCUUCGGUUCAAAAGGACACCCUGUUCAAGAUGCAUAAUAGUGAAAUUGUCUAGUUACCCUGUUAAAGAAGUAAGACCCCUAACAACCAUACCCUUUUUAGUGGCAAAUACCCGUUUAGGCCAGUUUUUCAUGGCCGCGGCAGUUGUGGAUCUAUCACGAAGGUUCUUCUGUACUCAUGUUCAUUUGCAAAUUCAAUUUGAGGGUGAUUGUAUAUGUUGUGGUUCAAUUUUAUCCUUGAUUUAAAUUUUAUUUUUCUUUGUUUCAAACACAUUGUUAUACAUAACCAUACCCACAGAACAAAGGAGAGUAAAAGGAUAAAAUUGAACCACAAAAUAUAUCUGUCUGCUCUGUCAGAAAGUUUUUUUUUUUUCAUGAUCCUCUCUUCAGUUUGCAGUGUUCUAUCAUGAACAUGUGUUCACUAAAGAUCCCGGCACAACUCGUGGGACACCAUGGCACCAAGAUCAACCAUACUACCCUGUAAAUGGAUGGAAGGUAAUUAUUAAGUUCUAAGUAAAAGUUCUCUUCUAUUUCACACUUUCCCCACCCGCACUUGGUCAGUGAAAAUUCUUAGAGAUUGCAAUGCUCGAAGAAAGUCCUGUCUGUUUUUCCGCGACAAUUAGAUUUUUUUUCACCUCCGUCAACACUAACAGUCCUCUCAGGAAACAUAGGCUUUCUUCAGUGGGUUCAAAAGGUCUCAUCUGUAGGUUGUAACUGGUUGAUUUUGAUCCCUGUUAUUGAUUUUUUUUUUAUGAUAAUUAUGAUUGACAACUAACUUUCUCAAAUGUAUUGUUAUUUUCCUGUCAUCGGAUUGGUCCAAUUUGGCUAGGUGGCUCCCGUUAGAGUAGUCACACUGUAAAAAAAUGUUCAUUUUAUCCACAGAACUGUUCAUUAUGGCUGCCACUGACUCCUGUUUCUAAAGUCUCCUGUUUGAAAUAUGUUGGUGGGUCUCACAAAUGGGGAAAGUGGUUCAUUCCCAGGAAAUUUGCCUCCUCCAAAAAUUACAACUAUGACAAUGCCAACACUAGAAGCAAACAAGAAACUUUUGAUGAUAUCCCAAACAUAGAUGGAGAACCAGACAAGUAUGAACUGUUCUCAUGGGAUUUGCAGGUACUGGUGAAUUUUUAACUGAAUUUACUGCCAAAACUGUUAGAGAGUUUAAGCUUCACAUAUACGGCAAACGGCAAACGGCAGAUUCAAGUUGAGAAUUUCUCAAAAUAGAAAACAAGCAGAUAAAAACAGCUCAGAAAAUUCAUAUGGAUAAAAAAUUGCAUAAAAUGACUAAUUUAUGUGUAGAAGUAAUGAACAGAAACUACCACUACCACUUCCACUACCACUACCAAUACCACUAUUUCUACCACUAGCACUACUACCACCCACUACCACUAGCACUACUACUAUUUCCACCACUACAAUGUACCAAUACCACUAUUUCUACCAAUACCACUAUUUCUACCACUACCACUACCACUACCACUGCCACUACCACUAUCACUUCGACUACCACCACUACAGAGUGUAUAGGGAGUACUGCCACCACUACCACUGCUACUACCAUUAACACCACUCCUUGGCCUGCGAUAGAAUUUAAGCUUACAUCAAAUUGAGCAGUUGCUUUCCUGCCUCCACCACUGCAUCAUCAAUCAGUACCCUUGGUGAGGCUAUGGCAGAUUGACCAAGUUAUGUUUAUCCCUGGCUUUACAGGAAACUGUAUUCAAGAGACAGUCAAUUAUGUUUUUACCCUCUAAGCCAAAAAGAACUUGUGGACUACAACCAGUCGCAAAAAUGUUGAGACACUCUCACGUGGGGGAUGGAACGUAAGAAGCAUGACUGAAGGGAGCAUGAGGAAUGAUGGGAAGCGGGAAAUGAAUGGAGAGGAUACAGAUUCUUCCAGUCAUCUCCCCUCUUUCUCCUUGCCAUCACUGCUCAUGUUUCCCUUAGUGUCUUGAAAUCACUGCUAGUCAUGUAUCUGUGAGAUACAACACUCACCCACUCCCCUCCCUGUAUUCAAAGUUGUUCCCCUGAGGUUUGAACAUCAUCUCAAAUUGCUAGCACCUUUGAUAAGAGGGGAGGGGAAAUCACUAGAACAAGAUCAUGAGCAGGCCAUUUAAGCCCAACAAUUUAAUUUAAGGCGCACUGUCUCACAAAUGUUUUUGCUUUUGUUUAGUUUUGAAAAAAAUUUCAUUAACUGUUCAAAAUUUAUUUUCUUAAUUUGUAUUAUUUUCUUAGCCUGGUGAUUGCAUAGCUUUUCACAUGCUCACUCUUCAUGGAGCCAAACAAACCACUGACACAGCUGGACGACAAGUGGUUGCCACUCGCUGGCUGGGAGAAGAUGCAACAUUUGCCGCUAGACCCUGGGAAACCUCUCCGAGCUACACUGGAGGAUUAAAACCUGGAGAUGCUUUCCAUACCAGUGACACUUUUCCAAUUAUGUGGAGAUCAGAACAGUGA